UUUAGAAAGAGAGGGUGUAAGCGGAAUUACGAUUUAAUAGCGAACGUGGGUCAGAAGGCAAGCUUCUAAUUUUGGCAUCAGACACUUCCGCCAAAUCUUCCACCCCCUGUAGAGUGCCUCCUAUCGCCAUCUGCCUUUGUGUCUUUUACUACUUUCUUUCUAAUGUCUACUCAACCAUUACUCCAACGUACAGCUUCCAAGCGUAUUGCACUGCCAGUUCGAGUUGAGCCGAAAGUAUCCUUUGCCAACGAACGGACAUUCCUGUCAUGGUUGCAUUUCACCGUCGUACUAGGCGGCCUGGCCGUCGGGCUCUUGAACUUUGGUGACAAGGUCGGAAAAAUCAGCGCCGCGAUGUUUUCAGUUGUAGCGAUGGCUAUAAUGAUAUAUGCAUUGUUUACAUAUCACUGGCGUGCCGCAUCUAUUCGACGAGGUGGACGCGGUCCGUAUGAUGAUAGGCUUGGCCCGACAAUACUCUGCAUUGCGUUACUAGUGGCCAUCAUCGUCAACUUCAUAAUGCGGUUUACGCAGACAUAACGACAUCUUGCUCUCAUUUAUAUGGACUAAUGACUAUAUGGUACUACACAUCGGAAACGAUUUGUUUUACAAUAAACAUGUAUGCGUUUUUAUCUUCCUAUCAACAUCCCCAAGAAAACCGUGAGUGCCUCGGAACUUGGCAUUUGGCGGGAGCGAGGAUACACCUACGGCUACAUCUCAUCCUCCCGAAGAGUUUGUCGAUGUCUAUCUCGCAGCAUCCUCUCAACAGGAAUCUCUUAUAUUCCAGCUGACCAAGUUGCUGUCGAGGUGUCCUGCAUGGCCUGUAAACUAAGUAGCUGGCGGUCACAUCUAUUCCCUUUGUAACACCGUUUUUAGAAAAAGUCAUAGAACUGGUCGCUUCCCAGCAGAUAAUGCGCAUUUACGUAGGGAUUCCUAGGU